AAUUGGAUCACACUUCCCUGGUCGACUUGUGGUAUUUUUUUUUGAUGUUUCACCACAUUCAUGCGUUGCUCGUCUAGCUGGAGGAUUGAGAGAAAAAUGUGUCAAUUUGAUUAUACUGGAAGCACAUUGAAUUUUUAAUCUCACAUUCAAAGGACAUCUGUGUUCUUACCUUUAUUUCUGCGCCGGGAGAUGAUUUGCUGAUGCAAUUAGAGAGAAUUUCCGGAAAUGUUGCUGUGCCUGCGUUGAUGGAAUGAAGCUACGACGACGACGGGGGCUCCGACGUAUGGGGGAAUGACGACAAAAGCGCAUCGGGGAAUUUUUUGCGCCAUCGUGGACCUCCACCGCGAUUGUUGCGAAUUGGUGAUGAACGUCUCAAUGAGAGUCUCUGUGUGGGCACAAUCACGUGAACAGCUGUAGUCUCCUGCCCGUCAAUUUGCCCCUCAUCCUUGAGCUUCAUGACAUUCUUUACAUCAGCGAGGCUGUUGUAUUCCACAUAGCAGAAUCUCCGGCUGGUAUUGUUGGUCCUCUCAAGGGGGAAUUCAAUAUUCUUUAUUUCCCUGUACACAUUGAAGAUCUCGACGACGUAGUCUUUGAUCACAUUGCGCGUCUCGUCCAUGAGUCCGUGAAUGAGUGGCGUUCUUAUUCGAUGACUUCCGAUAUGCCCUAUCAUACUUAUCAGCACUACGAACACGUGAUCGUUCGUACUUCCUCCAACGCUUUCCAUCCUUACCAUCUUUUACCGCUUUAAAUGGGACUCUUUCUGUAGCUUCUGAUGAUAUUUUUGGGCAUGAAAUUUUUUUUGUUGAUAUUUCCAAACUUGUCAACAACUCAACUUGUCAAAAAUUCAAUUUGUCAAAAAAAAACAAUUUGUCAAAACUUUAGUGUGGAGCAAUUUUUCACGUUGAACAAGUUUUGCUGCUGUCGCGUUUUUGCAAAAAAAAAAGUGAGUUUUUUGAGAAAAAAUGGAGGAAGAAAAUGAACUAAAGUGCCUUGAGAAUGAAAAGGAAGAAUUGCUUAAACUAAUUGAGGAGAAACGUAAAAUGAAAGCCCAAGGAGUGGAGUUAAAUCAGACUGAAGGAAAAAUGGCGGCGGAGGACAAACGCGAAGAGUUGUGCAAGAAAGUGGAGACUCUCCAAACGGAAAAUGAAGCCCUCCGGAAGAUGCUCAAGGAGCAGAAAAUUCUCAAUGCCCAAAAGGAAAUUGCGGAGCUGAGAAAGUUCCUUGAUGAAGAAUCCUGUGAGAAGGAAGCAAAAGCACCCAAUCCGAUUCCAGAAAAGAGAGUUAGCUCAUUUAAACUGGAGAUACAGGAGCUUAUCCAAGGCAGCUCCCGCGGGGAGUCACGGCCACAGAGGGGAAAGCCGUAUUACUCCUCAGCCCUGAAAUGGCCGGCACUGCCAAAUCGUGACGAAGCCUCCAAAAUCCGGGCUGCUACUGAUGCGUGGAAGGAUCAGGCGAGAAUGUUUAGGCGAAAGUACGGGAGCUGCAUAAAAGAAGUAAGGGAACUGAUCGAAACACGUCGCAUGAUUUUAAAUCAAGCGAACAAAUUGUCUCUUACACGUGCAGAAAAGUCACGCAUUCACUCCGACAUGGACUUAUUCGCUGAUGAUGAAGAGUAAAGUCGCCUUGCAAUCAACAAAUACUCCAUUUAUUUCUUUCUUUCUUUUUUUAUAAAUGGAAAAUAAUGCUAAACGUAGAUGUUUUUUUCUCUCAAAUUUAAAUUUUUCUUAUACAAAAAUUUUGUCAAUUUCUUGUGUUAACACAAAGUGAAGUAAAAUAUUUCUUUCUUUCUUUUUUUAUAAAUGGAAAAUAAUGCUAAACGUAGAUGUUUUUUUCUCUCAAUUUUGAAUUUUUCUUAUACAAAAAUUUUGCCAAUUUGUUGUGUUAACACAAAGUGAAGUAAAAUAUUUCUUUCUUUCUUUUUUUAUAAAUGGAAAAUAAUGCUAAACGUAGAUGUUUUUUUCUCUCAAUUUUGAAUUUUUCUUAUACAAAAAUUUUGCCAAUUUGUUGUGUUAACACAAAGUGAAGUAAAAAAAGUUUAAAGUUAAAUAAAAGAAGUUUAAAGUAAAGUAAAAGAAGUUUAAAGUGAAAUAAAAAAUUCUGUAUAAUA